AUGGCGCUGUCGUGGAUCGGCAGCCGCUUGUCAUGCUGCGUGCUGGCGCUUGUGGUACUGGUACUGGCUAGCUGGGCACCAGCGACGGCCAGUGGGGAUAUGCCACCAUUGCCGGGCGCGUCUUUUCGAGAACAUUAUCCCCGACCGGACUGCCAAUCUCGAAAACUCUGCCUGCUCGCCGCCGAGCCUGUUAGCAACAUUGCCCUCACGCUUCGCGGUCAAGGCCUUGUCGUGGCCACCAUCGCAGCAGAUGCCCUGGCCCGCGCGUCUGGCUACACCUUCUUCCUGCGCACGGAUAACUCGGAGACCGUCUACACGAUUGACAUUGCUGCCGCUGAAACGGGGACCAUCACCAUCCGCGAUGCCAGCGACGCCGUUCUCAACACGACCAGUUUGAUCGAGCUCCACGAGCGUCACCCUUGGAUUCCCACAGAUCUCGUCAACUUUCCCAUGACCCAGCUUCAGCUCUGGAUCUCCAUCGACAAGAAGAACGGCUACGUUCGCGUCGGGUUUGGCUACCCACUCCUCGUCAACGAAAUGAUUACCAUCGGCCCCAUCCCCAAGUGCUUGGAGAGCAGCGAUGCCAAUGCCUGCGCCAUUGGCACCGUCACCGAAGUCGACUGCUCUCUCGCCGCCGUGGCCUACUCAGUCACCCGCUUCCCCGUCGUGGCCCCAAUCCCCCCGCUGCUCGUCGAUCGCCACCGUGUGACCCUCGAGGUGCUCGAGGACCGCUCCGCACUGGUGCCCGCCGUCUUGCCCUUGGAACUGCAGUCCCUCUAUGAUCAGGUGGCCGGGGAACAAAUUCUUCUCAGCGAGUCGGACGCCGCCGCCAUCGACCUUUGCAUCAAGACCGAAGGCUGCGUCCUCUACGAGAAGCUGCAGGAGAAAAUCAAUGCCGGAGAGAUGAGCGACGAUCCCCACAUGGCCUACAUCCGUGUCACCAUUGGCCCAGACCUCGGCAACUCACCGGGCAGCCCCUUUGUCAUGGAGAUUUGGCCACCCAAGAUGUACAGUCCGAUCCACGACCACGCCAACGCCGUGGCCGUCAUCAAGUGCCUCUCCGGCACCAUCACCUCGCGCUGGUACAACCCCCUGGCCGAACAACACAACGGCGAGCCCGUGCCCUUUGCCGAGGGCCGCGUCGCAAAAGGUCAGAUCACCUACCUCACCCCGGCCUUCUUCCAAACCCACAAGCUCGCCAACGAGGAAGACGUCACUUGCGUCACCAUCCAAUCCUACUACUACCUGCACGACGACUACGUGCACAAUGAGACCUUCCACUUUACGCUGCCCACCCCAGACGACAACCUGCACGUCUUCAAGCCAGGCUCAGACUUUGAAUACUCGGAACUUAUUCAGGCGGUCCGCCAGUUUGCCAGCACUGCUGGUGCCAAUCAAGUCCCGCCCGUGGACACCCUUGUCGGGGUGUGUGCGACGAUGGCCAACGUGGAGGAUGGCAGUGGCUCGGCGGCGCCCGGGGGGCAUGAGGAUCUGUUUCCGCUGCCAGAGGGCAAGUCCCGUGAAUAUGUAGAUACGGAUGGCGUUACCAUGGAGUGGGACGGCGACAAGGGUGCCUAUUUUCCAAAGGUCGACGCAGCCGUCGUCUCCAACUACCAGGCCCAGUAUCCCACAACCAAUGCAGGUACGGUUGCAUGUACUGGUCCUGUACCCCGAGCUUGCGUCCGCAACUCUGCACAUGGGCAGCCCGGCCCGGCCAUGCUGACAUUGCCGCGUCUCUUCUUGGCUGAUCGUCCAGCAUCGAAAUGGCAAGUGCAUGCCAUGCCCGACGGCCGCCCGUACUAUUUUAACACGGAAACCCAGACCUCUGUCUGGGUCAUGCCCCCAGAACUGGUCGAGGCCGCUCAGGUACAGUGGUAUUGGUGGUCUGCCACAACCCCUGCCGACGAGGACGGCUCACGUCGACUCGAUCCCGGUGCUCAGAAACCAGAGGCCUUUACCGCCAUGAAAGACGAGCGUGGCAACGCAUACUAUUUCAAUAAAAUUACUCGGCAAAGUCAGUGGGAGCGCCCAGCUGGUUUUCAGGAGGCCACUGCCGCUGCUGUGGCUCAGCAAGAGGAGAAGCGCACGGCCGUUGUCGAGCGACGCAAGCAACGCAAGCAAAGCAAGGAAGAAGCGGCUCGAGCCAAAGUCCAGGUUGAUGGGAAUCAAGUUAAACUCAAGGACACCGUCAACUGUCAUGUUUACGUCACGGGGCUCCCCUUGGUAGGUGCUCCCAGCACCGUGCCGCUGGGUGUCCGCGCUUGUUCUCACGUAUGCUGCCAUGCCCGUGUGAAGGACAUUACGCUUGAAGAGUUUACAGCCUUCAUGCGCAAGGCCGGAAUCAUUAACGAGGACGCCCACGGCGAGCCCAAGAUUAAGCUGUAUACCGAUGAGCACGGUGAGCCCAAAGGUGAUGGCAAGUGCACCUAUCUUCGAGUCGAGAGUGUGGAGCUAGCCUUGCAGUUGCUCGACGAGACGGAGAUUCGUCCGGGCUUCAAGGUCAAAAUUCAACGGGCGGUGUUUCAACUCCGUGAGGGCAUGACACUCGGCAAGAAGAAUGACGAGGACGAGGUUGAGGAAGGGUCGUUGGAGCCCGCCAAGAAGAAAGCCAAGAAGAAAUCGUUGGGCCAAAAGUACGCACGUGUCGCAGCUGUUCACGUCUCGUCUCUGCUUGGCGACACCGACUCCACUGACUUGGGAGAGCAGGACAUCUGUGCCUCCUUUCUCACGCUGUACGCUGUCACGGCUCCCGUGCUCAGGAAACUGCACUGGCAUGAAACAGACACCAAACGGAAACGUGCUGUCGGUGUGCUCGUGCUCAAGCACAUGUUCACGCUUGAAGAAAUGAAGGAGGAUGCGUCAUACAUUUUUGAACUCAAAGACACCGUCGUGCUCAUGCGCCGGUGUGGUAUGCAGAACAAUCCGGACGGCGUGGUCAUGGUGCGCUAUUUCACGGACGAGCCCCUGGGCCCAGCGAUUGCCACCUUGAACGGGCGCUUUUUUGCGGGCCAGAAAGUGGUAGCUGAGGAAUGGGAUGGCAAAACCAAGUACAAGGUCGAAGAAUCCGAGGAGGAAAAAGAGGCGCGCAUCAAGCAGUGGGACGAAUACCUCCGCUCACAAGAGCUCGAAGAAGCCGCAGAAAGAAAAGCCCGAGCUGCGGCAGAUGCCUCGACUUAG